UAGAUAUCUAGAUCUAUCUACAGUAAUCUCCCUUUGGUUUCACUACGAACAUCAAAAUAAACUCGUGUCUUGUAGUUGUAGAGAUCAAUCUCGAGCAAAAAGAUGAGAUCCAGGGCAGACAACUAAUAACUCAGUUUAAAUCUGUCAACUGAUUCAAGAAGCAACAAUGUACACCUCAGUGAAGAACAUCCUCAGCUUUGUUCUCUUGAUCUGUUUCCUUCCCUGUUGCUUGAGUCAAACUCCGAAAGCUAAGCCUUACAAGUCUAAAAAUUUUCUCACACCACCCAGAGGAGUCACUCUCAUCGGAAAAAUUUCAAAUCCUGCCGUCUUCUAUGGCCACUUUGUACAUCCAAGCAAGCCAUUAUGGAUGAGGUCUGUUUUAGAAUCUGUAGAUCAUCCUGGCAUUACAGAUUGGACUGAUGAUUAUUUAAGAAAGAAAUAUCCUAAUGAGCCAGUUAAAGUUGAAACAAGCAAAAAAGAGGAUCGCUCAAAGCCCCCAACAUGGCUGACUAUAAAUCAGUUUCUCAGCUACUACACCUCUGAGGAAUUGUACCUGGUACAUUCUCUUGAUGGCAAAAUGUCAGAUAUGGUCUUGGUUCCACAGAACCUUCAUUGUGGAGGUUUUCAGAAGAUGAUCCAGCAAGCAGUACUGUGGCUUGGAAGUGGUGAGAUUCAAUCUGUGCUACACUAUGAUGAGCUGGACAAUAUGCUGUGCAUGUUGGAAGGACAGAAACAUGUUAUUCUUAUAGACAAAGCACACAAAGCAGAUGUUGAAGCUGAGGGAUUUGUGGAAGCUGGUGGAUAUAGUUUGGUCGAUGUGGAUAAUAUUGAUAGAAAAAAAUUUCCAAAACUGUACAAUAUUGAAUGGUAUGAAGUUCUUCUCAAUCAAGGGGACUGUCUUUUUAUACCUAGAGGAUGGUACCAUCGAAUGAAAUCAAGUGGACAUCGCCAUAUGGCUAUCAACAUUUGGUUUGCCCACCUCCAUUGGUUUGACUCUGAUAAUUGCUCCAUAAUUCAGGACUUUUAUAAACCACUGGAGCCUAUAUCUACAUUUGGUUUUGCAUCUCCGAAUGAGGUGUACAGGUCUAAACUGUUGGACAAACUAGUGGAUAAAGGCUUCAUCAUUAAAGAUGUUCUAAUUUCAGCACUAGACACUGGUACUGUGGAAAGAAGGUCAAAGUUUUUCGACGCAGUCAACAAAUAUCAAGAUGGGGUUUUAUCAUGGAGUGAGAUGUAUGGUUUCAAUAUUGACAAGGCCCUGGCCAAGUUCCCUGACAUAUUUGGACUACCUGGCAAUGUUGCAGAUGAUACAGAAGAGGUUAUUCUCUAUGAUCCCAUCAUUGAUGUCCCAUCCUUAGAGGAUAACGAAGAGAACAGUGAUGAUGAUGAAAUUGUUACUGGUAGCAGUGACCUUCAGCCUGAUGACCCAGGCAUAGCUUUGUCCCAGGGUGUAUUUCCACUGCCGGACGAUCCUGCCUCUGGCUCCACAAAUACUAAAGAAGACUUGGACACAUUUAAUUCUACAACCGAAAAUGACAGUAAUGAAAAUAUUAUCACUACUAAUAAACCUCUUAAAAAGAAAAUAGAACUUUAAUGUCAAAGGUGUAGUAGUUGUGUACAAAAUGAUAGACCUGUAAACAUGGGAGAAGCUGUUCUAAAUGUUUCAGCCCAACUCUUGAUGUCACCACUAGGGCUGUUCAAAAGAAAGUGGGAUAUCUCUUGCUCCAGAAUCUCCAGCUGCAGGAGACAUAGCUCACAGGGCUCUGUGAGGGUACACGUAUCCUGCCUUCACCCCCAGAGUUUAUGGCAUUUAUGAUAAGUAAGCAAGGUGUGAAGGAGUGGAGUAUUUGUUAAUCAAACAGCUAAUAUCCUAACAGCAUUGGAGACAAGACGCAUGAAGUAGCCCUCUUGCAUUCUCUUUCAAAAAGCUUAUCAGUUAUGGAAUUUGUAGUUAUGUUUAUAAAUGAUUGUUUUGUUAACAAAUAUACUGUGUUUGUGUACAAAAAAUAUUCUUUUAUUAAUUUUACAACUUGUCAAUAUUUUUUCUAGUUCCAAACCUUCUCUCUUUAGAUAAUAGUACUUUACAUAUAUACAUCUAGUAAUGUAGCCUGUUGAGUCAUGUUUUACUGUCCCAGUGUAGAAGAUUGUUAACAUUACACAAGAUGUUGUACUGUACUUUGUAAUGCACUUUAUUAUUUAACAUUUUUACAUUCCACAAACUCUAAUAUGUAUACACAGAAAAACAAAAAAGGAGAAUCUCAAUAAUAAUUUAUUUAUUUAUUAUUUGUUUUUACAUUCCAGUUUUUGUAAACUAAGUUAUGUACAAUUAUUUUUAUAAAUAAAUCUUUUAAAUAACA